AGUGCAAAGUAAGCCCCCACCCCUGACAGCGCAGCAUCUCGUUUGCUCUAUCCUCUCUCUCUCUCUGUCUAACAUCAUCACCAGCAGCAGUGGCAGGCAUCUCUGCAUGCCUUCCGUCUUUCUUCCUCCAUCUCACUGUUUUAAUUUUUUGAUCUUUCUAUUUCUCCCUGCUUCUUCAUCUUCUUACCUUCUUCUCGAUCGCCAUGGAGGUAGUCAUGCUUAAAGGUCUCGCUGUGGCCUCGUAGAUAAAUUGGGCUGUCCAAUUCUGUGGCUUCUCUCCUCUCUUUCUCCUCACUGAAGUGGGAGAGAGAGGGAGAGAGAAAGGCGUGAGUUCGGAAUUGAGCUCAAUUGAUCCCGAAUUAUAACUAGAGAGAUGCAACAGCAGGCGCAGCCGCAAGGAGGGACUCAGUUCGGGGCGUCGCCCUCCCAGAUUCUCCCGUUCUCGUCCGCUCCAGUUGCCUCCCGAGCGCACCUGCUCGGAAUUCCGCCGCCCGACGAGGUCGCCUCCCCCAUCAGCGUCCGCCCUCCGCCUCCUGCGGCGCCCGGGAAUUUUGACAAACUGCAGGUGGCCGUAGAAUUUCCAGACGACGAGGCCCUCGCCGUCGCAGGCGACGACCCCGAGCGCGGCGGAAGUUCAGCCGGGAACCGGUGGCCGCGGCAGGAGACGCUGGCGCUGCUCAAGAUCCGGUCCGAGAUGGACGCCAGCUUCCGCGACGCCACGCUAAAAGCUCCUCUCUGGGAGGAGGUCUCCAGGAAGCUGGCGGAGUUGGGGUACAAGAGGAGCGCAAAAAAGUGCAAAGAGAAGUUUGAGAACGUGCACAAGUACUACAAGCGCACCAAGGAAGGCCGCGCCGGCCGCCAGGACGGCAAGAGCUACCGCUUCUUCACCCAGCUCGAAGCCCUCCACAGCGGCGCCGGCUCCUCCGCCGGACCUUCAGCGGUCGCCGCCCCUGCAGCUCAGGCUGAGUUUGCCGACGCCUCCUCUGCAGCCUUCAGCGCCGCCGCCAUGGUGGGCCAGCCGCCAGCUAACAGGGCUCAGCCCGUCUCCUCCGUCGCACCCCCACCGCCGAUCGUUGCCUUGCCGACGAGGGUGGUCGCCCCUGAGCUGGCUCAUGGAAUCUCGACCGCGGCCGCGCUGACUGCGGGGUUCAGCUUCUCGUCCAACUCGUCUUCUUCGGCGUCGUCAGACUCGGACGAGGAGACAGCAGGGGAGAGCCAGGAAGGAAGGAAGAGGAAGCGAGAGGCGACGACGACGAGCAGGAAGAUGAUGGACUUCUUCGAUGGACUGAUGAAGCAGGUGAUGGAGCGGCAGGAGGCGAUGCAUCAGCGGUUCUUGGAGGCCAUCGAGAAGAGGGAACAGGACCGCAUGAUACGGGAGGAAGCGUGGCGGCGCCAGGAGAUGACGAGGCUCAAUCGAGAGCAGGAGAUGCUGGCGCAGGAGCGGGCCAAUGCAGCUUCCAGAGACACCGCCAUCAUCUCCUACCUCCAGAAGAUAACCGGCCAAAACAUCUCCCUUCCCACCCCAGGGCCAAUUCCUCCAGAAGCCCCGGGGAUCUCCACCGUUCCUCUCCAACAGCCGUCUCUCUCUCAAAGCACUCCGCCACCCCCGCCAUCGCAAAAUAAUGUUCCUCACUCAACUCCGCCGCCAGCCGCACCGCCCCAAGCAUCACAAACCCAACCACCACAAAUUCAGCAAUCGCCUAGCCAAGUCGCCGACAUUGCCAGGAGCCAGUCGCCUCUGCCGACGUUGGAGCUCGCCGCCAGCUCAGAGCCACCGGCGUCGAGCCUCGACGCCAUAUCGCCGACGUCGUCCUCCAGGUGGCCGAAGGCAGAGGUGCACGCCCUGAUCAAGGUCCGCAGCGGACUGGACUCCAAGUACCUGGACUCGGGAUCGAAGGGGCCUCUGUGGGAGGAGGUCUCCGCCGGAAUGCAGCGUCUCGGCUACAACCGAAGCGCGAAGAGGUGCAAAGAGAAAUGGGAAAACAUAAACAAGUACUACAAGAAGGUGAAGGAAAGCAACAAAAAGCGGCCGGAGGACUCCAAGACCUGCACCUACUUCCACCAAUUGGACGCGCUCCACCGCGGCAAACUCCUCAGCGCCGGCGGUGGAUCAAUGCAGAGACCUCAAGGCCCAGAUCAGUCCACUAAUACCAUCCCCCCGUCGUCAAAUCAACAGCAGAUCACUGAUGCGAUAACGACGAACAGGUUACACGAGCAAGAACCAGUGAUACCGCCGCUGCCAAAAUCGGCCGCGGAGGCUGAAAGAAAGAACGGGAAUUCCGACAUUAACGCCGGAGUUCAGAUACAAACUGGUAACGGAGGACUCACCGCUGGCUUCUUCGACCAAGGAUUAAAACAGCCAGAAGACAUCAUGAAGGAGCUGAUGGGGCAACGGCAACACCCAGCAGCGAUGGAUCACGACUACGAUAAGUUGGACGACGACAGUGACAACACGGACCAAGACGACGAGGACGAGGACGAUGACAACCACGAGAUAAAAAAUAAUAACAAAAUAUUGCAUUAUAAGAUAUAGUUGCAAGAAAGGAAGAAAAAGCAAAAAAAAAAAAAAAAGUGAUUUAAUUAAAGCCUAUAAAAUUGAUUUCUUUUUUUUCGUCAUGCCACAUUUAUCCUUAAUUAUUUUCAUCCACCAACGCACUUGACCAUUCAUUUCUGUGCAUGUAUCCCCACAAGUUCAUCUUCAUUCCCCCCACAAACAUCGACUAACACAUUUUUAGUGUUGGUACUACAUGCAUGGCACCUUGCAUCGCAUCCUUCGAUCAACCAUUUUCAAUUCACUGUAAUUGAUUUGUUCGUGGAGUGAAUAAGAAUGCCCUCGAGUUAACGACGGGGCAGGCGCCGAUUAAUAAGCACGACGGGCGUUCACUGAUGGCGCAAGAACAAGAUGAUGAGUCCAAAAUAAGCAGAGACAAGUACAAACACAGAGAAACCAGGAAGUACUGUACCAUCAAUUAAAGGAACAAUUGGUGAAUGAGAGGGAAAGAUUAAGGAAAAGAGGGAAUUGUUAAUGUUAGACUCUGUGCACUUCCAGUGUCUUCAGGACUUAAUUAAUUAUUGGGAGGGCACCUUUUCUUCUCA